AUGACAGAUUUGUCAUCUUCCUCCUUCUUUUCUGAUUUUGGGCUGCUACUGUAUUUGGAGGAGCUAAACAAAGAGGAAUGAAAUAGAUUCAAGUCACUCCUGAAGAAUGAGACCACGGAACCUGGAUCCUGCAGGAUACCCUGGUCUGAAGUGAAGAAGGCCAAGUGGGAGGAUUUGGCUAACUUGAUGAACAAGUAUUAUCCAGGAGAGCAGGCCUGGGAGGUGGCUCUCAAAAUCUUUGGCAAGAUGAACCUGAAGGAUCUGUGUGAGAGAGCAAAUGCAUAGAUCAACUGGACAGCCCAGACGAGACCAGAGGACACUGGGGCCAGAGAGGUACAAGGUGAUCAGGAAGCAGUGCUGGGUGAUGGAGCAGAAUACAGAGUUCAAAUAAAGGAAAUAUUUUGCAUCAUGUUAGAUAAGAACCAUUUGCUUGGAGAAUCUGAAAACUUCUGUCAUGAAAUUGCUCAGGAAGGCUGAGAACUGUUGGAAUGUUUGUUUGAUGAGGAUGUCAGAACAGGUUCGCAGCCAUAGACCGUGCUCCUUCAGGGGGCUGCUGGAGUUGGGAAGACAACCUUGGUGAGAAUGAUGAUGUUAGACUGGGCACAGGGCAACCCCUACCAGCAGAAAUUUACCUAUGUUUUUUAUCUCAAUGCAAGAGAAAUUAACCAGUUGAGAGAGAGAAGCUUUGCUCAAAUGAUAUCAAAGGACUGGCCCAGCACAGAAGGCCCCAUUGAAAGGAUUCUGUCCCAGCCGAGUAGUCUCCUUUUUAUUGUUGAUAGUUUUGAUGAACUGAACUUUGCCUUUGAGGAACCUGAGUGUGUGCUGUGUGCAGACUGGACCCAGGUACACCCCGUGUCCUUCCUCAUGAGUAGUUUGCUGAGAAAAGUGAAGCUCCCUGAGUCGUCCUUAUUAGUGACGACAAAACUCACAGCUUGUAAGAAACUAAAGCCUUUGUUGAAGAGUCAGCAUUCUAUACAGCUACUAGGUAGGUCUGAGGAUGCGAGAGAGGCAUAUAUUUACCAAUUUUUUGAACAUGAGAGGUGGGCCUUGCAAGUGUUCAGUUCCCUAAGAAACAAUGAGAUGCUUUUUAGCAUGUGCAAAGCCCCCGUAGUGUGCUGGGUCAUUUGUAGUUGUCUGGAGCAGCAAAUGGAGAGGGGUGGUGAUAUCACACUGACCUGCAAGACAACCACAUCUCUGUUUACCUGCUGUAUCUCUAGCUUGUUGACACGGGUAGAGGGAAGCUUUCCUAGUCUACCCAGCCAAACCCAACUGAGAAGCCUGUGCUGCCUGGCUGCCAAAGGAGCACGGACUAUGACAUAUGCGUUUUACAAGGAAAAUCUCAGAAGGCAUGGGUUAGCGAAAGCUGAUGUCUCAAUUUUCCUGGACAUGAAUAUUCUUCAAAAGGACAAAGAGUAUGAAAACUGCUAUGUGUUCACCCACCUGCACAUUCAGGAGUUUUCUGCAGCAAUGUUUUAUAUGUUGCAAGGUAGUUGGGGCACCAGGGACAAUUCCUUUCAGUCUUUUGAAGACUUGGAGCUGGUACUUGAAAACAGGAGUUAUAAAGACCCCCAUUUGCUGCAGAUGAAAUGCUUUUUGUUUGGCCUUUUGAAGGAAGAUCGAGUGAAACAACUGGAGGAAACUUUUAACUGUAAAAUGUCACUGGAGAUGAAAUGGGAGAUACUUCAGUGGAUGGAAACACUAGGAAACAGUGAACAUUUUCCAUCACAUCUGGUUUUUCUGGAGUUGUUUUACCACCUGUAUGAGACUCAAGAUGAAGUAUUUAUAAGCCAGGCAAUGAGAUACUUCCAAAAGGUUGUCAUUGAUAUUUGUGAGGAAAUCCAUUUGCUUGUGUCUUCCUUCUGCCUGAAGCAUUGCCAGUGUUUACGGACCAUUAAACUGACUGUAAUUGUGGUAUUUGAGAAGAAGAUGUUAAACUCAAGCUUCCCAGCUGAAACUUGUUUAAUGCUGGUCAAAACCAUAUCUCAGUUUAUUUUUACGAUUAUAAAACUGAGAUUCAGAGAAGUUCACCCAGAAACUUGGAAUCAGUCCUGCGACCUAACUACGGUUUGUUGCCUAAAUAUCUCUAAGGCUCUCGUCAGAAGCCAAAGCCUGUUAUCUCUGAAUCUAUCAACUAAUAAUCUCUUGGAUGAUGGAGUGAAGCUGUUGUGUGAGGCCUUAGUGCAUCCAAAGUGUAACCUAGAGAGAUUAUCCUUAGAAAGCUGUGGGCUCUCAGUAGCUGGUUGUGAGGAUCUCUCUUUGGCUCUCAUCAGCAAUAAAAGGCUGACACAUUUAUGCUUGGCGGACAAUGUCUUGGGAGAUAGUGGAGUAAAGCUUAUGAGUGAUGCCUUGAAACAUCCACAGUGCACUCUACAGAGCCUUGUGCUGAGGCGUUGCCAUUUCACUUCACUCAGCAGUGAAUCUCUCUCAACCUCCCUCCUAUGCAACAAGAGCCUGACGCAUCUGGAUCUGGGGUCAAACUGGCUACAAGAUGAUGGAGUAAAGCUUCUGUGUGAUGUCUUUCGGCAUCCAAGCUGCGAUCUCCAAGACCUGGAAUUGAUGGGCUGUAUUCUCAUUAGUGCAUGUUGUCUGGAUCUGGCUUCUGCUAUUUUGAACAACCCAAACCUGCAGAGCCUGGACCGUGGGAACAAUGACUUGCAGGAUGAUGGAGUAAGAAUUCUGUUUGAGGCUUUGAGACAUCCAAACUGCAAUAUUCAGAGGCUUGGGUUGGAACACUGUGGUUUGACCGCUCUCUGUUGUCAGGAUCUCUCUUCUACUCUUAGCAGCGACCAAAAACUGAUAAAAAUAAGCCUGACCCUGAAUAACUUAGAGUGUGAAGGAAUUAUGAAGUUAUGUGAAGUCUUGAGGUCUCCUGAAUGUAAACUACAGGUUCUAGGGUUGUGCAAAGAGGCAUUUGAUGAGGAAGCCCAGAAGCUGCUGGAAGCUGUGGGGAGUAGCAAUCCAUGCCUAGUCAUUAAGCAGGACUGUAAUGAUCAUGAGAAAGAAGAUGGUUCCUGGUGGCAGUGUUUCUGA